AUGCCGUCGCUCACGCUCCCAACAUUCACUCAGGCUGAGGUUGAGGCGCACAAUACCAGCCAGUCUUGCUAUGUCACAGUCGGCGAGAACGUUUAUGAUGUGACAGACUUCCUCGAUGCCCAUCCCGGCGGAGCCGACCUCGUCCUCGACUAUGCUGGAAAGGACAUCGGUGCCAUUCUGAAGGACGAGGACUCCCACACCCACACCGAAGCCGCAUAUGAGAUCCUUGAGGAGUCUUUGGUAGGCUUCCUCAAUUCUGACAAGGGCGCUUCCAACGGAAAGGCGAAUGGCAACGGUGCAGCCAAAGGCUCAUCCAGCGGUGUCGACACCCCGGAGCUUGUGGAUGCCCAAGGACGCCCAGUACAUCCCCGAACCGGAAUGUCCUGCGAGGAGGACCUGAACAAGGAGACGGACUACACGGGAGACUACAAGAAGCACAAGUUCCUCGACCUGAACAGGCCGUUGCUGAUGCAAGUAUGGUAUGGAGGUUUUAGCAAGGAGUUUUACUUGGAGCAGGUCCACAGGCCCAGGCAUUACAAGGGUGGCGAAUCUGCACCUCUUUUUGGAAACUUCCUCGAGCCGCUGAGCAAGACGGCUUGGUGGGUGAUCCCCAUUGUGUGGCUGCCUCCAGUUGCAUACGGAACAUAUCUCGCCAGUCAGGGCAUUGAGAGCAAGCUCAACCUUGCAGCGCUCUGGUGCACUGGCAUCGGUGUUUGGACGAUCAUUGAGUACAUCUUGCACCGCUUUCUGUUCCACCUUGACGAAUAUCUUCCAGACAACCGUGUGGCAAUUACCAUGCACUUCCUUCUUCAUGGCGUCCACCACUACCUCCCUAUGGACAAGCUUCGUCUUGUGAUGCCUCCCACGCUGUUCUUCGUUCUGGCGUUUCCAUUCUGGAAGCUUGCACACAUUCUCUUCUGGUACAACUGGCACGUCGGCACCGCCAUAUUCUGUGGCGGUAUCUUUGGCUAUAUCUGCUACGACCUCACCCACUACUUCUUGCACCACAAGAACCUGCCUCUGUGGUACAAGGACUUGAAGAAAUAUCACCUUGAGCAUCACUUCCUCGACUACGAGAACGGCUUUGGCGUAACCAGCCGCUUCUGGGACAGGGUAUUUGGGACCGAGAUCGUGCCUCUUGUCAAGACCAAGUGA